CUGCAGAAGAAGAUCAGAUAAUGGCACAGUAAGUUUCUCUCUCUCUCUCUCUCUCUAAUUGUUUUCCUUCGUAAUAAUUUCAGAUCAGACAUGAGCACAAAACCAUGCAGAACCACAACUUCCGACUCCUCUUCAUCCUCAACAAGCGUUCAUGUCACAGCACUAGAUGGCCUUGUUAACGUGAACUCACUCUUCACCAUAGCAGUCUUCGUGGGCAUAUCUCUAACCACACCAGGCCAACACAGCCUGGAGAAUAAAGGAGUCUGUGAUGCAGGUCCUGAUGUGGCCAAACGCUUAUUUUCCUUUGAAGUUGUCUCCUUCAGUUUCUUCCUUUUCUCAAGCUUGGUGGCUCAAGGGUUAAAGCUAACCAUCAUUCUACUAAACAGUAAAGAUGUGGAUGAGGCCUUUAGGGUUCAUAUCAAUCUGAAGGUGUUGAGACUUGGGAUGAUGGCUUCUGCUGCUGGGUCUGUGAUGGGUUGUGUGUUCUUGGUGUUGUCUAUGGUGAAUGCAAUAGAGAUCAGGUUGGGAUUGUUGUCUUGUGGUAGUGAAUAUGCUGUUGGUGCAGUAGCUGCUUUGGUUACGCUGGUAUUUUCUGGUAUUUUGGUGUAUGUUUCUACCGCUAUCUACUCUUUCAAAUACUAAAGCUGUGUUUGCUAUACA